CGUGGCAGGAAGUGGGUGUGGGCGUGGCAGGAAGUCAAGACCAAAGAGAAACAACAACAUAUCGCCCCUGACUCCCCCUACUUCCCUGGACAUCAGAGUCAUCUAUUUACUGAAGGAGCCAGGGAAAGGAAGAUAAAGCCUUCCCCCCCACUUCCCCUUUGUCUCUCACCCUCCCUCAACCCUUCCCUCACCCCAGCCUCCCACUCGGAUGGCCAAGGCCAAGGCUGGACUGAGCUAGACCAUCUUGAAGACAUCCGUUACCAUGACAACUGAACCGACAAGGAGGACAGGGGAGAACCACCACCAUCGUGGUAUUACUAUGAAACUUCAGAAAAGGAAGGCAGGCAAGAAAGUGGAAUGGUCCAGUGAUACCGUGGACAAUGAGCAUUUAGGGCGUCUUUCAUCAAAAUGUUGCUGUAUCUACGAAAAGCCCCCGGCCUUUGGUGAGAGCUCCACAGAGAACUAUGAUGAAGAUGACGACGAAAGCUGUGGGCAUAGCCAGAGUGUCCCAAGCCAUCGAAAGAGACAGCAUCUUGCCAACCCCGUCCUAUCCCAACCGUCCUUUCUCUCCUCCUUGACUCCUCCGAAUCCAGACCUGGCCCCAUGAAGCCCUGAGCAUCUCCUUCCCUUGUCUCCCCAUUUGUCUGGACCCGAAUGUAUAUGUCACUACAAGGGGAUUAAAUCCAUGGCUUGAUGCUGCCCCACAA